AUGAAGUUCCUGAAGCUAUUUGUAUCCAAGAAGAAGAAUGAGCACCAUGAAAAGGAAAGCUCUUGUGUGGCAACCGUAACCAGCGGUGACUUCUCCCAGUCUGCCUCGAGCAGCAAGAAGAACAAGAAGAGGAACAAGAAGAGGAAUGGUAGGGAAACCCAAAAUACUUCUUCCAUUCCACAGGAAGUGGAGGAAUUCAAGACUGCCAAUGAAAAGGUUGUUUCAGGACUCCUUGCAGCGUUGAAUCAACAUGGUAGAGCUGAAGAAAUGGAAAAAUUCUUCAAAUCUGGUGAUGUUCGAGUCAAGUUUGAGGAUGCCCCAAGCAUCACUUCAGAUAUCUGGGUUGCUGUAGCUAGGCAAAUGAUGCAGAGCUUCCCUAACCUCCACUUCCAAUAUGAAUCCAUCAAGGAAGAGAGGUCUGGAGUGGUUCUUGUAGAAGAGCUGCAGGCAAGUGGCACUCACACUGCAGAGCCCUAUGCCUUUGCCCACUUUCCUCCCAUUCCAACUUGCCACAAGCACAUCGUCAAUGAUCCUGAGAGGUUGUGGUUAAGGGUCAAGGAUGGGAAAAUCACUGACAUGGAAUGCGUUUCUCUUGGAGACUUGACUGGCCCUGCUGGCUUUUAUGUGCAGUGCGGUGGCAAAAUGGACAUGCCACCACCAUCAGAAGAUUGA